AUGGCGGAAGGUGAGGUGGCUAAACUGCAGAACCACCUGAGUUUGCUGCGUGAGGAAUAUGUGAAGCUGCAGAAUCGCUUGGCUGAGGUGGAGAAGAAGUACCAGAUAGCUUCAGCAAGUGCCGGACAAGUUGGAAAUGAUAACUUUGUAGCCAGACUUCUUAAAACUGUGGCAGACUUAUUCGAUAAGGAGUUAUAUAGUGAUUUGAAAAUACAGUUAGAUGGAUCCAAGCAAGUGUAUGGUCAUCGCUUCGUCCUUGCAGCCAGGAGUGAUUACUGGGGAGUUCCAGACUUGAGUCAAGUGUCUAGUUUGGAUUUUUCAAAUAUAAAGUAUGAAGUUGCCCAUGCCUUGUUGCGCUGGGCAUACACAGAUGAUAUUGACAUCAGGUCUGACAGUGAAUUCCUGCUAGAACUCCUCAGAGCAGCCACAAAGUUCAAACUUAGGACUCUACAGGAAAGAUGUGAAAAUGGCCUUAUGUCCUUUGUAAACAUGAAGAACUGUAUCACCUUUUAUCAGACAGCGGAGGAAAUCGGGGCUGAUCUUUUGAAGGGACACUGUUCUACUUUGAUAUCUAACCACUGGAAUGAUUUCACCAGUGAAGAUUUCGUCCACAUGCCAGCUCCGCUUUUGUACCAGAUGUUUAAAGCCAAAACGGAAUACCCCCUCCAUGCCACAAUACGUGCCAAAAGAGAGGACGCCUUGUUUUUAUACCUCAUAGAGUAUGAUUCUCAGUUAUCUGUCAAAUUAAAUGAUGUCGAUGACAAGGGUGAUCUGCCCUUGGAUCUGGCCCUGCAGUCCAGACAGACAAGUAUAGCAGAGACAUUAAUGGAACACCAAGUAAAUGUGAACAGACGGGACAACACAGGGAGAUGUCUCCUACACAAGGCCAUCAAACGAGGUGACGAGUUUUCUGCAGAUUUCCUUAUACGUAACAGAGCAGAUGUGACUCUGACAACCCACCUAGAUAGAGAGUCUCCUCUCCACAUGGUUUCUACCUUUAACCCUGAUGUGACCAGCCCAGAUGUAAUCACAGGGAUGUCACACAUCGCAAAGAAACUAAUGGAGCAUGGUGCAGACCCCAACCAUCAGGAUACCUCUGGAAGUACUGCCCUCCAUGCUGCUGUGUUCAGUAAGAAUGUAGCAGUGUUUCAAUCACUUUUAAACAGCGGCAAAAUCCAUUUUGAACUGAAAAACUCAGAUGGCCAUACUGCAUUAUGGCUUGCACUACAGCAGGGAGAAGAUAUGGAGGGUGAUGUACAGACAGUGUAUGGUCCUCAAAGUUUUGCUGCCCAGCUUCUUGACAAGGGUAGUUCACCAGAUGCCAUCGAACCAGAGACAGGAGAUACCCUACUUCACCUUGCCACCAGGUCUGGUAAUGAGAGGGCGGGGAUAUUCCUGGCCACUCAUGGGGCCAAAGUGAAUCUCUCUAACAGCAAGGGUGAAAAUCCCCUACAUAUAGCCUGUCAGAAGGGACUGUCAAAACUGGUGGAAGUGUUAUUAAGCAAGGGAGGUAACCCUAAUGGCCAGACUAGGAAGUCUACGAUGAGUGAUCUGAUGCUGGGUCAGGACGAAACACCAGUUACAUUACAAACUCCACUACACCUCGCCCUUGUCAACAAACACAGCGAGAUUGUGGAGAUCUUCCUACAACACAAAGUAGAGGCAGCCCACAGUGAGGACAAUGUCCUUAUCCUUCCCAACUUUAAUCUAAAAGACUCAGAUGGCCAGACAGUCCUUGGACUUGCCCUUUGGAGCGGACUCCAUUCUGAGGCUGACCGACUUCUCGGGGCAGGUGCUAAUAUCAACGAGAAAAAUGCAGAUGGAUUCAGCCUUCUUCACCAGGCUAUAGAGAAACAGGAUACAACAAGUGCUAUGUUUCUUAUAGAGCACCAGGCAGACCUCAAUAUGAAGACAAAUUCACUUGAGACGCCACUGCAACAUGCCAUACAGCGCCACCUGCCAGUCGUAGUCGACAUGCUGUGUAAACGAGGGGUGAACAUGAACUUGCUUGACCAUGAAAAGUCAUGUCCACUCUGGCAGGCUCUGGACACCGGUCAAGAAGAUAUUGCCCAGAUACUGGUAAAACAUGGCUGUGAUCUAGACCUGUGGUCAGAGGGUCCGAGUAGUUGUGAGCAAACACUUCUUCACCGAGCUAUUGACGAGAACAAUGAAGCGGUCGCCUGCUUUCUUAUCAAAAGUGGCUGUAACAAGAAUGCCACACGGCGACCAGGACCGAAUGGUGAAGGGGAGGAUGAGGCUAGAGACCAGCAGACACCACUACAUAUGGCAUGUACAUGGGGGCUGGAGGUCGUAGUUCAAUGUCUCAUGGAGCACUCAGCAGACGUCAAUGCUCAAGAUACAGAAGGUAAAACCCCUAUCCACAUUGCCAUAGAGAACCAGCAUCCUGUGAUUAUCUCCCUUUUACUCUCCCACCCAAGUCUGGAUCUUACUGUCAGAGACAAGCAAGGGUUCACUCCCUUUGCUGCUGCUAUGACAACCAAGAACAACAAAGCUGCUCAGGCAAUAUUGAACAGAGAACCUACUGCUGCGGAACAGGUUGACAACCGUGGAAGGAAUUUUUUGCACACUGCCAUACAGAAGUCCGACAUAGAGAGUGUACUGUUCCUUAUUAGUGUCCAUGCCAACGUGAAUUCUCGUGUCCAGGACUCCCAGCAACUGACCCCACUUCACCUAGCCGUCACUGCAGGUUCAGAAAUCAUCGUCAGGAAUCUGUUACUGGCUGGAGCUGAUGUCAAUGCCAAGACAAAGAAAAACGAGACAUCAUUACACCUAGCAGCUUUAAAGGAUCACUCCGUGAUUACCAGUAUUCUGUUGGAGAAUGGUAUUGACUAUGAUGUGGUCGAUGAAAAUCUCAACAAUGCCUUACAUGUAGCUGUACAACAUGGAAAUCUCAACACUGUCAGAGUUCUGCUGACCGAGUCUCGGGUAAACGCUGAGGCAGUCAAUGCUAAAGGUCAGAUGGCAAUCCACGUUCUGGCACAGUAUGGAAGAGACACUGCUUCAGCAGUGUUUGAACUCUUCAAGGAAAGCAUGCCAGAUUACCCCAUUGACCGACCUGACGCUGAGGGCAAUACAGCUCUAUUGUUGGCAUAUGUUAAUGGUAACGGAAGUUUGUGCCGAAGUCUGGUCCGUUCUGGGGCUCGUUUAGGGACAAUGAACAGACAAGGACUUAGUAUAUUUAAUGUUCCAGUAGCAACGAAACAACUCCUGUUUAAAUUAUUAGAUAUGCUCUCUAAAGAACCGCCGUGGUCUGAAGGAGAAGUGUGUUUAGAAUGUACUGUCAAAUUUAGUAUUAAAACAAGGAAACAUCACUGCCGUCAUUGUGGACGUCUAGUCUGUGCCAAGUGUUCUGCCAAAGACAUGCCAAUAGUUAAAUACAACCUCUCUAAACCAGUUCGUGUCUGUGACAUAUGUUUUGAUGUCCUUUCUCUCGGUGGAUCAUUCUAACUCUCAGUAUGUAGAUGUUGACUUGGAAAAGUGACUUACAUGUGCUACUACAAGUAAUGGACACAGCGCCACACAUCAAACUGAUUAAACAGCACAGAUUUGUCUGAGGGUUGGGACAGGGGAAAGUGUAGCAUACAGCUGUACAAAGAUUGGGACAGGGAAAGGUGUAGCACAAAAACGUCCAACAGGCAGGACAGUUUAGAGUGUGGCACAGCGGUGUCCAACAGUCAGGACAGCUAAAGGUGUAGCACACAGAUUUCAAAGGAUUGGGACAGGGAAAGUGUAGCACAGAAAUGUCCAACAGACAGGACAGAAAAAGUGUGGCACAGAAAUGUCCAACAGACAGGACAGUAAAAAGUGUGGCACAGAAAUGUCCAACAGUGGGGACAGUAAAAAGUGUGGCACAGAAAUGUCCAACAGAUAGGACAGUAAAAAGUGUGGCACAGAAAUGUCCAACAGACAGGACAGUAAAAAGUGUGGCACAAAAAUGUCCAACUCACAGGACAGUAAAAAGUGUGGCACAGAAAUGUCGAACAGUCAGGACAGUAAAAAGUGUGGCACAGAAAUGUCCAACAGACAGGACAGUAAAAAGUGUGGCACAGAAAUGCCUAACAGGCAAGACAGUUAGUUGUGUAGCACCAAAGUGUUCAACAGGCAGAACAGGAAAAUUUCAAGUUUACAAUAAGACUUUUAUAAGUCCUUUUUCAGUGGACAACUAGACAUGUACAUGUGUGUCUUUAAAGAUCAAAUGUCCUUGAUAUAACUGCAUAUGCCUCUAGAUUAAGCAGGGUGUGAAAGUGAUUACUAUCCAUGCGUCAUAUUCUGUAUCGCUCAUCAAAAGACAAUAAUUGCUUUACUCGUCGUAAGCUGUUACUAUUUUGCUAAAGAUAGACACUUUGUUAUGUAUAACAGUUCUAGUCCAGACGAAGAUGAGAAAAUCGUUUUGCCAUGCUUUGCUUCUGAUGUGUUUUGUGUGUGUAGAAGACAAUUAGGUAGACAGUUUAGAUAAACUGUUUACAUACUGAUGUAUGCUUCACAUCAUUAGAACAAGAUUUGGAGUAUAUUGUAACAGUAAUUGGUAUCCAGUGAGAGUGAUGGUAUGGCCACACCAUAAACUCACUCUAUAAACAAUUUUGUGGUUUGACAACACUACAUUUGACAUUGCAUUCCAGAAAUCUGACACAAUGAUGAAAAAAUGACUGACAAGAGUUGUUUGUGAAACUUAACAGUACAUUGAAGUUCUUCCAUAAGAAAGAAAAACCAAGUUAUAUCUGAAGUAUAAAACUUUAAUGUAUGUGUGUGGAGAUCAGUCAGUGUGAUACAAAAGUAGGUGUGAUUUACCUGUAAGUGAUAUGCCAGGGUGUGUGUGUGACACAAGGACAUGUGUGCCAACAGAUAUGUGUUAGAUAAUUAUAAAUGAAUAUUAACACGCCAGCCUAAUCCAAUCACCCGAGCCUUGCAAUCAUUAGUCUCUUUACAUAAUCUGAAAAAAAAUCUCAUUUCUUAAAUAUACCUACAUGCAGUACAUUGUUUCGCUAGCUUGUUACCAUAUCUGGUUUGAAACAUCUUGGAGUAAGAGGGUUGUAUUUUGUAAGUUUAUGUGUGCCUUGGGGCAGCUUUUAAUUCUAUUUGCUAUACAUGAACUUGAGUCAAAGAUAUAGUUUCAGGAGUACUGCAAUUGGUGUACCUGGGUCCCGUAUAAAAUAAUUCUUGAGAUUUUGUUGCACACAGACCCUGUUUAUGUACUGAUAGUUGGAUUAAACUUCAGAUGGUAUUGUUUGUGUUUCCAUUACGCAAACACAACAUUCGGAGAAUUUCUCCGCUAGUAGACAUCAUUCCUUAACCUAUUGUUUAACAAAAGUGAACUUAACACAUCAGUCAGCAUAUAUAUAUUGCUGAAUUAUCUAUCUUAGGAAUGCAUUUUUGACCACCAAACCACACUAUGUUAUGAAAUAACAUUAUCUUGUUAGAUGAUUAAAUAAUAUUAUCUUGUUAAAUAACAUUAUUUUGUCCUGAAACUUGAUUUUGUAACAAUUUCAGAUUAUUUACAUAAGAAUGAUAUUAGUAGUUGAUAUUCUUGUACGAGCCUUUCAACAAAAAAUGGUCAGAUUCCAUCACUUCUAAAGUUGAACCAGUACAACCUGUCAUAUUGAAAUUUACCCAAUAUAUGGAUGAUUCAUAGUGUAAAAGUCCUACCGAUGGACGAUGUGUCUCUUUACAGUUAUGGUCCUUGAUUUAUCAGUUAUUAUUACAAUGAAAGGUGCACACGACUUCGGUCUGACGAUACAAGUACUUUCAUAUUACUAUUUUUCUUUAAUAUCAAGUUGAUUGGUUGGUUGGUUACAGGAUUUCCAUCUCCUGGACACAUCCUAUCACUAGACGACUCUCACCAAUGAAUGUCAGUGUUCUGGCAAUGUGUAACAUCAAGUUAACAUAACUUGUAAUAUACUUAGUAUUCACUACUAAACUUAUGUUCAGUAAUCCCUUACUGUAAAUAUAUUGUGGCAUUAGUGUAAUCAAAUAGAACAAACAUGUAACCAUAAUUCUCAGCACUUGUCAGAUUCUGUAACAUAUCAUACCUGUGACAGCAGCAGAGAUAGAUAAACACAUGGCUGGCUGAAAGGUAACAAUAUUAAACAAGGUUGAAAAAUAUACUUUUUGUUUUUUUUUUAUUUAUUUUUUUUUUUUUUCAUUUCUCAAGAUUUAUUAAUUAUAGUUUAUUUAGGUGUUGGUUCUGAGAGCUCACUUAUAAACAUAUUUUUUACAAACUACAUGUUUUCAUUGGUAAUGUCAUAUCUUAAAACUGCCAUAUGUGUACAUAAAAUUUGUACUUGACAUUGCCUCGUGUAUAAUGAAUGAAACUGAGAUUGUUUUUUUGUUCGUGAUAUUGUACACAACAAGUAUGUGUAAUUUGUAUAUUGCAUAAUACGUUUUUACCACAACAAAAGAGUAUGUUUACAAUUUCUGUUGACAAGUGAGUGUUGUAAACAUACAUGUUUCAGUGGUAUAAUCUUAUUAUAGAAUUUUCUGUGCUGAAAGUAUUUUUUCGUAAACCUGAUUAUGCUAAAUGCUGUUUUCUUAUGCUUGUUAUGUAGUAAUUAUUGUGGAUACAUGAAUUUGCUGUCGCACUAAUAUUUCAAAAAGUGAUACUGCACUAGAUUGAUUGUGCCAGAUUGUUACAGGAACCUGAGAUAAGGGGAGAUAAUCACAAUAGUUUCAACUAUAAAGGGAGGUAAUAAUUUGGAUAGUUUUCUAAGAGAAGGUGUGAUGGCUGUAUAAACUAUUGGGGUAAGGGGCAAUUCACACUGCUUUGUUCAAUACAAGAAUUCAAAACAAGAAAGAAUGUAUCACAAUUACACUUUAGGUUUGGCAUGGUUGAGAUAAGGGGAGACAAUCACAAUAGUUGCAGCUAUAAGGGGAGGUAAUAAUUUGAAUAGUUUUCUAUGUAUUGCAAUUACACAUUAGGUUUUGCAUGGUUGUGAUGAAGGUCCCCUUCAGAUAGUGACCUAAAAUACGUAAAGCUAAGUUUCUGUCUUCCUGUGAAAAAUCUGUUAAUUCAAUGAUAUAAAUGUCUAUGAUUGCAGUGCCAAGCUAGAAGAGUUCUUGUAAGACUGAUAAGGUUAAUAGUGUUGGGAGUUUAUCACUGUUGGCCAGUGUCUCUAUGUAUUGUUAACUGUAAAUACCAGUGUGAAAUUAAACAAUUUAGUCACAGACACAAAUUUGUAUCGGAUGUGUUUGUGUCCUGAAUUGCCAAACUGUAAACUAAGCAGAUCAAAACUAGUUGCUUACCUAAGUAGAGUUCUGUAGGUCAAAAGGAAAUGGUAAAUUGCCAUGCAUUUUAAAACUUAUCUUCUUCAUUCAUAAAUGCAAAGUGAGCACGGACUCACAAAGAUAUAACCACCCCUACCCCCUCUUCCUUUUUCUCCUGAUCUAUAUCAAGAGUGACCUUGGACCGAUGACCACUGAAAUCUAAUUAGGUGUAGAUCUUGAUGGAAUAAAGGAAUGGUGUGGAUAUUAAGUAAGACUGUCUUAAGGUUUUUAUGCCAGAAAUAAUAAGAAUGACCUUUGACCUGUAGACCCAGGGAUGCCUUUUUUGGUUCAAGAGAUAUUUUUUGUACACAAGGUUAUUAUAUGGUUAGGCAGAUGACCCUAUAUUUUUUCAUGUCCGUUCUGGGAAUCAAACCCGAGUCGUCUAGUGAAUGUGUUACCUCUGUGUCACUCAACCAUUCCUUGCCUCAGUGUUUGAAAUAAUGGGAAAAAAAGAAUGAUGAAAUCAGAAAAUACACUAUGGAAAACACUAAAUAGUCUAUUUCAAAAUGGAAAGGGAGACAACUUUGUUAUCUGUUUUAAAUGACAUGUCUUAAUGCUAUUUGAGUUGAGUUUUAUCAUGCAUACAUGUAUAUGAGAGUUAAAAUGCUCAGUUGAAUUUUUGUUUAUUUUUCUUAUUUUAUUACACAAAUGUUAUUUUAUAUAAAUUCUUAUUGAUUAUUCUUAUAAUAGCAUGUGUUUUCUCAGCCUUAUUUAAUACUUUGACUUGUGCUUAACUAAGCCCUAUAUGUGAUACUAUGUAUAUCUAUGUUAUAAGAGCCAACCAUUUAUCAGAAUGAGGAUGGUUGUCAUUCUGUGUUGAUAGCCAUGAGGUAACGAACAAUAUACCAACACAUUAAUCCUGUGAAAUGUUACUUUACAUAAGUUCCUUGUAUUUCAAAUGAUGAAUUAUCUAAAAAGUGGUAGGGUCUGUUGUAUCAGUAAUGACUCCACACAACUAUUUCUUCACAGAUUAAUGCCUUCAUCCAACUCUCUCAUCAGCUGACUGUUAUGGCCCAGCCCGAUACUCUCAUCAACAGGUUGUUUGGCUAAUAGUCUACCACUCUCACCACAGACUAUGAUGGCUGGGCCUGUCACUCUCAUCGCAGACUGUAAUGACUCGGCCCCAACACUCUUAUCACAGCCUGUCAAACUCUCGCAUCACAGAUUGCGGUGGUGUCUGGGCCCAUCACUCUUAACACAGAUUACAAUGGCUCAUUGAAACAUUCCUGUCACACACUGUGAUGACUCAGCACAAUAGUGUUGUCACAGACUGCAAUGACUUGGCUCAUCCCUCUGGUCACAGACUUUGAUGACUUGGCACAACACUUCCAUCAUAAAAUAUAAUGGCUUGGCAGAACAUUCUUGUCACAGACUAUAACGACAUGAUCAAACUCUCUCAUCACAGAUUAAAUGACUCGGCCCAACACUUUCAUCAGGGACUUAAUGACUCAGCCCAAAACUCUCCCCAAAAAUCUCAUCACAGACUGAAAACUCUGUCUGACACCGAGAUUAAAACCUUGACCCAGAACUCUAAUCACAGACUUAAUGCCUCAGUUAUACACUUACAUUGAAUACCAAAAACUCAGCCCAGCACUCUCAUUGGAGAUUAUAACCUUGACUCAAAACUCUAAUCACAGACUUAAUGCCUCAGUCAUACACUUACAUUGAAUACCAAAAACUCGGCCCAGCACGACCCACACUGAAUACCAAAAACUCGGCCCAGCACUCUCAUCAGAUUUUAAUUACUUGAUUUAAUGUGUUGUAAUUGAUGUGUACUUAUUAUCAAAGAUGUCUAUAAAAUGUAAUAUAUGCCUAGUAUUAUAAAUACAAUCCUA